AUGGUCUCCCUAAGGCGAGUCGUUACAGCCACCAGCUCAGCUACGAUCCGGCUGACGGCUUUUGUUUUUCUGAGAUGGAUCCCCGGAUACCCUUUUGCACCUAUUAUUUUCACAUCUUUGGUCAUUUAUUUAUCAUCGCUCUUCUCAUUAGCUAAGGAUGAUCAACCCUCUGGGGAUCGCCCCGAGAAGGGCGGGAAGAACUCCACCAGUGCAACUGGUUCCGGCGAUUCCGCGCUGAAGACUCUUCUUACGGGUCUCCCUUCUAAGGGGUCGCCCGUUUGGACGUGGGCUACAGCACUUAUCAACGUUGGUGUGGCCCUGCUAGCACUUGAUUUCUUGGUUCGAGGCUUCCUGGUGUAUCCUACCCAAGAUGUGUCAUUUUCACGCAUUGGAUAUGUAUCGCCGACCACCGCUAAUUUGGUCUUCCGGGAGCCCGACACGGCUCAAUUACCUGUGGUGAUUUCCUACCAAGAAGCCUCCCAAAAUGCUCAAAAAUGGACCCAAGAAGGCACCGUCUAUAAGUUGGACAAUACUACAGAUUUCACAUCCAUGGUGAAAUUGAAAAAUCUGAAGCCCGGAACCCACUAUCGAUACUCAUUGUCGAACAACAAGACGGGCAGUUUUGUGACAUCCCCCCGUCCAGGAUCCCUUGAGGCAAACAGAAUGUCCUUUAUCACAUCAAGCUGUCUGAAGCCAAACUUUCCAUACAACAUUUUGUCCCAUCCACUGCGAGUCCCAGGAAUUGAACAAAUGACCGAUGUCAUCGCAAAUUUACCAUCACUCCUUAAACCAGCUUUCAUGCUCUUCCUCGGCGACUUCAUCUACAUUGACGUACCCUUCCGAUUCGGCUCCUCAAUGGACCACUACCGCAGUGAAUACCGACGUAUCUACUCGUCUCCCUCGUGGGAUUACAAGUCAGGAGAGACUCUUGCAAUCGAUCUCCCCUGGAUCCACACUCUGGACGACCAUGAAAUUGAAAACGACUGGUCAAAGGGUAACAAGACCGCUCCAUACCCAGCAGCAGCCGACCCAUUCAUCCAUUACCAUGUCAGCGGAAAUCCACCCGUCCCUGCAAAAUCGUUCGCACACCCGGACGAUGUAACCUAUUUCUCAUUCGUGAAUGGUCCUGCCUCAUUCUUUAUGCUCGAUACUCGCACGUAUCGUUCCGAGCCAUCGCAGCCGAACUCAACUAUACUCGGAUAUGCACAACUUCAAUCUCUUCUGCACUAUAUCUCUACACCCGAACCAGCGGGCGUCCAUUGGAAGAUUAUCUCAUCCAGCGUCCCAUUCACUAAGAACUGGCACGUCGGCAACACAGAUACAUGGGGUGGUUUCCUGGACGAGCGACGCAUAGUUUUCGAAGCGAUGUGGCGCGCUGAACGAACUUUCGGUAUAAGAAUUGUUCUUCUAAGUGGUGAUCGUCACGAGUUCGGUGCUACUCGAUUCCCGGAUCCGGAGCUUGCUUUAUCAUCUGAUGAGCUUCAGCCCAAUACUGCUGGACUGGGUCUCCAUGAGUUUAGCGUAGGACCCCUUAGCAUGUUCUAUCUUCCUAUUCGGACCUAUCGUCAGACCGAUACGGAGGAUGUAGCUGUGAAAUACGCACCGGAUGGAAAUAGCAAGUUUGGGCUUAUUGAUAUUGCUGAAGAGGUGGACGGAGUGGAUUUCCCGGGGCGCAGCUCGGUUCUUACUUACUCGCUCUAUGUGGAUGGUGAAGUUGUAUGGAAGUAUCAGCUUAGUGUUCCUGUUCGACAUGGUGAUGGGACUCGAAAUCUUCUUCCUGGCCGUGUGCUUGAGGAUAACUUGACUCGAGAGGGCUGGGAUGUUGUUUUCAAGACAGCAAUUGGAACAAUAGAAGAGAUAGGAGGUGUGGUGCUGAAGAAGGCCCGUGUGGCGUAUGAAGAACUCCUGGAAAGGCUGCAAAAGGCAGAAGGAUCGAAUUAG